AUGCAGACUGAGGAUCCCACGCUCUAGAACCUUCUGGCCCAGCCCCUUAAGUGGAUCUUCGUGGGGGGCAAGGGCGGCGUGGGCAAGACCACCACCUCCAGUUCCAUCGCUCUUACUCUGGCCCGCCGCGGUAAGAAGGUGCUCAUACUCUCGACAGACCCCGCCCACAAUCUUUCUGACUGCUUCGACCAGAAGUUCGGUAAGUAGCCAACCCCAGUCCAGGGUCUGGGUCCCUGCAGCGACCGGCUCUGGGCCAUGGAGAUCGACCCUCGCAGCAGUCUCAACGAGUCAGAACUGAACCUCUUUUUCCUCAAAGACGAAGGCGAAGGCUCUCGAAAGCUGAUCAGCGAAAUCGUGGGAUCAAUCCCAGGGAUCGACGAAGCGAUGUCUUUCAGCAUGCUGAUCCAGUCCGUGGAGCGCCUGGACUUCGACGUGAUCGUGUUCGACACUGCCCCGACGGGACACACCCUGCGCUUCCUGAAUUUCCCGAGCAUCCUGGAAAAAGGCAUGGACCAGCUGAUGGGCCUGCGAGCGAAGUUCAGCGCGCUGUUCGGAUCGAUGCAGUCUCUGUUCGGUUCCGAGGAGCAGUUCGGGGCCACCGUCGAGAAACUAUUUGCCGGGAUCUAGCGGAUGAAGGUAGUGGCGCAGAAGGUCAACGAGCGGAUGAUAAACCCUGAAGAGACCAACUUUGUGGCUGUCUGCAUCCCAGAGUUCCUGUCCAUGUACGAGACGGAGCGGCUGAUCCAGCAGCUGGCCAAGAUGAACAUCGAGAUCGCGAACAUCGUGAUCAACCAGGUGCUGUUCCCCUCGGACGACUGCAGACUCUGCAAGGCGCGUGCCAAGAUGCAGAGUAAGUAUCUGCGGCAGAUCGCAGAGCUGUACGAGGACUUCCACCUGGUGGUGCUGCCGCUGGAGGAGGAGGAGGUACGGGGGCUGCCGCUGCUGGAGCGGUUCGCACAGAACCUGCUGACACGGCGGACACUGCCAGUAGUCUGA